CAGCUUCAUUCUGCCUUUCUUCCCUGAGUUACAUGCAUAUUCCACAACAGAUUCUAAAUGCCUGCCAAUACAAUAUCACGUGAUCAUAUACUUCCGGUGGUUCUUCCAACUUCAGCAUCCAUCAUCCAUCAGGAUUCAGCAUGGCUGGCUGCAGGCAGUCCAGCCCUUCAGAGUCAUAUCAGUCACCCAGUCUGCGCUAACUAUGACUCAACUUUUAUUGUCCGUGCUAAGUACUCCCUGAUGAUGCUUCAGACCUCUUGGCAGCCUUGUUCUGAUGUCCUGGUUCUGGAGAAAGGCGCGUCACCACCAGCCAAGAGCUUGUAUAACAUGGACAGUUAUGUUGAAUAUUAUUGUUAUUUGUAUCGGUGGGUACUCUUUCAACUGCAAGAGUCGGUGAGUCCAGUCCAAUAUUAAUAAAUUCUUGAUAGACAAUCAGAGUUAAAUCCGAGGUCGCACUCGGAUUUAAU